AUGUUUCAUGGCACAGGAGCAGCACAUGCUGCUCGUUCUUUCCAUGAUGCAACCUCAAGCCCCUACACUCGAAGUGAAGCGUUUACGGACCCGAGACGGAAGCAGACAAUCAUUAGUCUUUUGGAUGUCCCAAGCGAGCUUAGCAACCAGGCAUCUUCAGACAAUGAUGCCAACCUUCCUUCUAACUUCGAAGAUGACCGAGACGUCCCUACUGUGGAUGAAAAACUCCAAGUUGCAGGGUCAGAAUUGUUUAAUAAAUUCGAGAGGCGAAUGGAUAAUCUUGACAAAGAGCUCCGGAACUUUGCUAACACUGCCUGCCAACUUGGCAGUUCUGUUGGAAUAUUGUCCUCUGCUUUUCGACUAUGGGAAUGCCUCACAAAAUUAUUGUUUCUAUUUCGCGAGAUCACAGCUACACUAUUCCCUCAGAAAAUUUCGCCCAUACAUGAUGAUGGUCUUGAUCCCGAAAGUUUUCCUGGUCAAUUUGCUAGUUUCGCAGAAGAUGUCAUGACGCUCCUGAACUGCUUGAAUGAGUUUCCGGAGUUUACAGAUGAGGGAGUCAAUACAUCAAUGCAUGCUUUCGAAGUCGAUCUCAAGUAUUGGGCCUUGUGUCUUCAGGAGUACAAAGGUAACAUGUCUGCAUGGGCUUGCAUUGGACAAUCUUCUCAACUAGUUUCAGGUCAAUUUUGGUAUCCAGCAGUGCAGCGCUAUAUCCACGAUUUGACAUCGGAAAUUGGGGAGCACAUCAAUAACAUCACAAUCAAUCUGUCGAUGUUUAUUGAAAUCGGUGUACCAACGAUUAGGUUUGCCCAGCAGCAUGCAGCAGCAAACCUGCUAAACCUGUCGACAGUCGCGACAUUCUUCUCAGCUGUGACAGCAAUGACCUUACAAUUCUCAUACCAGUUGACGGAUGGAGUGCUGGAGAAUAUAGCAGCCGCAGUGAACCGUCUCCUCGGUCUCACCUGGAAGCAAGCCAUGUAUCGUUCAGUUGUUCUCCAGGACAUAGGGUACCUUGUCUUUCUCGUCAUGCCUGUGGCAUGCUUUUCUGCGGGCUUGAUGCUUUUCACAUACGCUACAGAUCAGGACGAGGAGGAGAAGGCAGCAAAAAUCAGUGAUAUUACCCACAAAAAGCAUCUCGCAAUGGGUGCAACAUCUAAAGCUAAUAAGGCUCGUCUCAGGAAUAUUCAGUCUGCACUUUCCAGGUCCCACAAAACCACAAUUGAAGAUGUCUCUGACUCUGAGGAGGAGUCGGACUCGAGCUGCAGUGAUUCUGAGGAUGAUAUAGGGUUCAGUGUGGAAGAAGGGGAAAAUGUAAAUGAUGAAGCCGCACUUCUCACAUUCUCAGAAAUCCUCUUUCGAGCACAGGAUACUGCUGUCAAAGGAGAAAGACAGAGGUCAAAAGAUACCAGGAGGCCAAAGCAUUACUCCGGAAACUCAACUCGGACCCUACGACAUCAUGCUCUGGAAAGGAAAAGGAUUGCAGAAACAAAUCAGGCUUUUAUCAGCAGCUGGAUUAAAAAGAAGCCAGAAGUGGUGGGUGUCCAAGUCAAAGACAUUGUUACAGAAUCUCCAUUUGAUCAUGAGCCAGACCCUGUUCAAGAGGAAGAAGAAGAAUCUUCUGAAUCAGAAUCAGAUUCAUUCAUGGGAAAGAACCCAUCUCAAUUGUCACCUGUUGAAAUAUUAUCCAGCAAAAAGGAUGAACAAAUUCAGAAAAUGCUGGAAGACAUACGGAAUGGACAGCCACCCUGCGAUGACAGUCCAGAGACCUUCACAGAUUCAGUUCUCAAUGCUAUGGAUUACAAAGACUUCCCUGCUUUACGUCGUGCCCGCGCGAAAAUUGCAGUAAGCAGCAAAGACAAGAAGCUUGAUGUGGUUUUCCGCUCUCAUAUCACAGCAAUGCUUGGUGCUUUGAACCUCUACCUUGAUCCAGAGCUGUCAUAUGGUUGGCGUGAAGCAUCCCUCGUGGCAUCGAAAUCACUAGGCCAAGGUAUCAAUCAUGCACGCAACAUACGGACCUGGAUUCAUCAGUUUCUCUGUAAUGAGAAGCUCCCGCUCCAUUGA